ACUGUAACCAGCCCAUCAACAACCUCAAGCCUGUUUCCAAACGAUUCGCCGCUCGGCGAAGAAUCCCUCCCUGCAGCCAUGGCUGAGAAGAAGAGAAAAUCGAAAGAAGAAAGCGGCGGAGGUAGAUUGCAGAAGAAGAGAAAGAAUUCGAAACCCAAAACUCUAAAGAAGAGGACUGGCCCUCGCCUGCCGUCCAAGCUACGAAAGGAGCUCGAUCUCGUUAAUCCUAAUCCUUUGAAAGGUGGCGGCGACGAAGAGAUCAAUUCCGAUGAAGGAGAGUUGCUGGCAAAUAAUCUGUACGAGUAUGAAGAGGCGGCGCCGGAAGAGGAGUCCAAGAAGAAUCGGCGUUUCGACUCGGUCGAGAACUUCGAGUACGAGCUGCCUGAAGAUUUCAAGGAUGAGAACAUUGCGUCCGAUGAUGAUGACAUUGAAGGUGAAGAUGAGGAAAACAAUCGAAGUGAAAAUUCAAGCCAUCUUGGUGAUGAAGUUGAAGAGGAAGAUGAUGGAAGGCAUAUGAGGAUGCUGCAAGGAAUCACUGGAAUGCCGAGUGAGGCUUUUGAAGGUAAGAAAAGGAAAAAUAAUGUUGUUGUGUCUGAGGCAUACCCAGAGUCUGAAUACAAUCCUAGUCGUGAUGUUCUGGAAGGCAAUGGUCGCAUUAGCAUUCAGGAUCUUCUGGACCCUCUCCAUGGAAAGUCCGGAUAUAGCAAACUUAGAAAGAGAAUGCAUCAAGUGGAAAGAAAGUCCAUGUCUGUUCAUGCUCCGCUUCCAAAAGCGGAUAGGGAAAAGUUGGAGAGGAAGGUGGCUUAUGAACAAUCAAAGAAGGACAUUACCAAGUGGGAGCCAUUAGUCAAGAAGAAUAGGGAGGCACCUACGGUUUAUUUUGACGAAGAUGUAGACUUGGGGUUUUCAACUGUAGGGGCCAUAGCUUCUGAAUUUGAACCAAGAACUGAUUUCGAGAAGAAAAUUGCUUCAUUAGUCCAUGAUGACAAGGUUUUGGAAGCUCACAGACAAGAUGGUUCCAGGCUUCUUGAACUGAACAAGAUAUCUGUUGAAGAUGUCAAGGAACGUCAUAAUCGCAUUGCUAAAAUGCGUAGUCUUCUUUUCAAUCAUGAAAUGAAGGCAAAACGCAUAAAAAAAAUCAAGUCCAAAACAUAUCACCGCUUGUUGAAGAAGGAUAGAUUGAAAACUGCAUCUGCUGAAAUACAAAUGGAUCCAGAAGCUGCUAAGGAACUUGCAAUGAAACAAGAGUUCAAGCGUGCAGAGGAACGCUUGACUUUGAAGCACAAAAACAGCUCCAAGUGGGCAAAGCGCAUUUUAAAGCGUGGGUUGGAUGUUCAAGAUGAAGGAACUCGAGCUGCUAUAACUGAGCAGCUCCAUCAGCAUGCUCUUUUGACCAGAAAAAUGCACUCUAUGAAGGACAUUAGCAGUGAUGAAAGUAGUGAUGACGAUGAUUUUGAUGAAAAUUCAGCAGGUUCAGAUGAGGAUGGAGCAUCCAAGUUGUUAGCGAAAGCAAAAGAGAAAACACUCGAAGUGCUGGAAGAAGAGGACAAAAUCCCUGACUCAGGAGUGCUAUCUUUACCUUUUAUGGUCCGUGGCUUGAAGAAGAGAAAAGAGGCAGCUUAUGAAGAAGGUAAGCUUGCUAUCAAUGAAUUUGAGGCAUCAUUAAAGCAAAUGGAGCUUGGGAGUGGGGCUGAGAAUCUAAAAGAGACUGCUUCAAGUGGUAGACGUGUUUUCGGCACAGUUAAGAAGCAAAUUCAAGAGUUCAGUAAUAAAGAUGCUCAUUAUAAUAAUAGUGAUAGUGAAGAUGAAUUCAAGGUCAAAGAAAAUAUUGAAGCUGCGAAUGACCAGAAUAAUAAUUUGCCAAAGCAUGUUGACAUAGAUGCUGGUCUACUUCGCGAAGAGUCUGAGAUUGGUCAGGAUCCUAUAUUUAAGAGUUUCGAUGAUAUAGUUAGAGACCCAGGCCCCAAGACAACACAUGAAGUUGCAAUGUUUGCAUCCGGCUCGUGGAAAAAGAUGAAGAGUGAAAAUGAAGCAAAUGGCAAUAUCAUAAAGCCUCCCAAAUCUGUGGAACCUCCUAGGCAUAAUAAGGAUCAAGGGGAAGUUGGUGGGGAUAGUGAUACAGAUGAUGAGGGACAGAUGGUAGAUGGCACUUUGUCUUCUGGCAUGAAGGCAACUUAUGAACUUCCAUCCCAAGCAGAGCUUAUUCGCCGCGCUUUUGCUGGGGAUGAUGUGGAGGAAGAUUUUGAGAAGGAUAAAGAAGAAAUUCUAAAAGGGGAAAAUCCUGAACCUGAAAAACCUGUUUUGCUUCCUGGUUGGGGCCAAUGGACUCAUGUACAGCAAAAGAAAGGGUUACCUUCUUGGAUGCUUGAAGAGCAUGAAAUUGCCAAAAAAAAGAGGGAAGAAGCUCUUAAGAAGAGGAAGGAUGCGCAUCUUAAGCAUGUAAUCGUCUCUGAGAAGUUGGAUAAAAAGGCUGAGAAACUACAUACCAAAACUUUGCCUUUCCCAUACACAUCCAAGGAAGUUUUUGAACAGAGUAUUCGAAUGCCUAUUGGACCUGAAUUCAAUCCAGCGGUAGUCCUUGGAGCUCUUAAUAGACCAGAAGUGGUGAAGAAGGCUGGUGUUAUUAUAAAACCAAUCAAAUACAAAGAUGUGAAUCCCCAUGAAGGAGUGGAAGAACAUGGGCAGGGCGGGAAAAAACAGAAUACCAAGAAGAGUAAAGGCGUGGGUGGCAAAACUAUAAAAAAGACAAACAAUCUGAAGCGAUGAUAACAUGCCCCACCAGCUAGUACGCCAUUGUAGGCCUUUUAGAUUCAAUUCAAGAUUCACCUCGACUUCGCAUGCUGGUUCAAAAUGUUGCAUGGGGUUCAAGAUUCACCUCUGCUUUGUUUACUGCCUGCAAAAUGGUGUAAAAGAUGCUCCAUUGCUUUUCACUGGGGGCAAAGUUUUGAUUGAGGGAUGGGCAAUUUUUUUUUCUAUAUUGAGAGAGAUGGGACCCUUGUGGGUAUAGAUAUGAUUCCAUGUCCCAAAUUUUAUUGUGCAUUUUUUUUUGAAGUUCGAGUUGAUUAACUUUAAUUCCGGCCAGGUUGAUUCACGGCUACUUUUGUAUGGGAUGGAUUUGGAUUCACAUUCAAUUCUAACCUACUUAUGUUGGAUAAAAUUGAUUCUUUGACAUUUA